AUGCUGGUAGUAACAUCGCCUCCAAGAAAGGAUCGGAUAGGAUUUGUCCGUAAUUACUUUGACUGUGGCAGUGUACAUGCCCUAGAACUGAUGGUGAAGGGUGUCCUCAGAAGAGAGUUGAACAGAGAUAACUACCGCAUUAGCUACUUUACACACGGGCCAACUGACGAUGGAAUAGAAGUAGACAUAAGUGGAAUGACGUGGGGUGAGGUCAUAGAGUCGGAGUUGCAAGGUGCUUUUGCCCACGACGAUCUAGACCCCGGACAUGAUGAUGCAGGAGCUUCUUGUAGCAGGCCCAAGAGGAAGCGCCAACAGCCAACUUAUCUCAAGGAUUAUUACACCAACUAG